AUGCCGUCAGCGCCUGGUCAACAGGUUGGACGGACACCUGCUCUAGAUCAGGGCCUCUUUAUGACUUGCCUAAGCGGCAAGAUUGCCUCAGUCCACAUACCGCGUCGGCGCGGUCACCAACGCCACCUUCGUCGCCGCCGACCCACACAACAACCUCCGCCUCGAGGGGACCUUUGCCGCGGUCCAGCAGCUGGUGGACGGCGCCUGGACGACGGGGAUUGGUUGUUUGCGUAUACGUGGUAUCGCGACAAUGGGCUGAUCGGGACCAGCCACAUGGUGCUGAGCUGGGAGACGGAGAGCUACGCUGCGAAUGGGACUUAUCGCUUCAAGUACAAUGGGGAUAGCAAGGUGCUCGGGGCUGCGAUUACGGCCUUUCCGGGGACGAGUGAGAGUUUCACUCUUACCUGA